AGCACCACAACAUUCUUCAAUCCGCCAACCCCUUUACCAAGUGAACUCAAGGAUGUCCCCUCCAACCGUUGCUCACACCCAAACCCAGCAGCCUGGAAAGCGAAGCAACCGGGGACGUGGUGGGCGGAGGGGGUCCAAGGCGUCGCAGAGCCGACAAGAUAAACCCGUAGCGACUCCCAACACUACUGUGGACGAGAGUAUGUCAUCGAAUUCCGCAGAAGUUACCAAGGACACGCACGAAGCUAGUCAGGCAGAGGUGUCCGACGCAGCCGUCUGUUUUAUCUGUGCAGAGCCCGUCAAGUACUACUCCGUCUCCGCAUGCAACCAUCGUACAUGUCAUGUUUGUGCGCUACGACUUAGAGCGCUUUACAAGAGACUCGACUGCACAUUUUGCAAGGAGCAACAAGUCACGGUCAUAUUCACCUCUUCUCCGCACGCAUUGUUUUCCUCGUAUACACCCAAUGAUAUCCCGCAUAAGGAUUCCAAACUCUCUAUACGCUUCGAGACCGUGGAUAUGAUGGAAGAAACAUUGGUUCUUCUUCGCUACAAUUGUCCGGACCGCGAUUGCGAUUACACUGGGACUGGUUGGGGAGAUCUAAAAAUCCACGUACGUGCAACGCACGAUAAAAUGUUAUGUGACUUAUGCUUGCGCUUCAAGAAAGUUUUUGCCCACGAGCAUACCCUGUAUCCACCGAACAUUUUGCCUUUCCACCUCCCCUCGAAGUUGCACAGAUCUCAUAAGCAACAACAACCAAAGGAACCUGUAGAAGGUGGAAUUCAUCCUUUAUGCGAGUUCUGUCGAGAGUGCUUCUUUAGCGAUGACGAACUGUACGUCCACAUGCGUGAGCGACACGAAGAGUGUUUCAUAUGCAAGCGCAAUGAGAUCCGAGAUCAGUAUUUUCACAACUACGAAUGCCUAGAGCAACACUUUGCCCAAGCGCAUUUCGCAUGUCCAAGUCCGAUGUGCCAAGCGCAGAAGUUUGUCGUCUUCGGCUCCGUGCUGGAUCUGAAGGCCCAUCAAGUGGAGGUGCACGACGCUGAGAUGAGUUCUCGUGACAGGAGAGAUAUUCGGCGGGUGCAAGCAGAAUUCGCAUUUGAGGACAUCAGAGGCGAAAGAGGGAACCGUGCCACUCGAGAACGCGAUCGGGAGCCUCCACCUGAGUCGAACCAAUCAUCCCCACGUGCAUUAGGUGGUCGUCGAGGGGCUUUUGGUGGGCGUCUUACUGGUGGCAGUGCAGCUGAGUCGACUGGCGGAGUACCGUUCCUAUUGAACGCACCCGGUCCAUUUGUGCCAGGUCCGUCGACUGCACCUGAGGAUGCUGCUUCCGAGGUGACUGAACGGUACGCUUCAUUCCUGUCGCGAGUCCAAGCUGUCGCGCCGAAUCCUGCAGGUGCAAUUCCUGCUCUGAAGGCUGCGAUACGUGGCUACCGCGUAAACGAAUCGAGCGCCCGAGAUCUCAUAUCUACCGUUUGGAACAUACUCGGUAAUGAUUUGGACGGCACGGCAAGCAUUGUCAAUGGGAUCGUCGAUUUGUUAGACGAAGAAAGUAAAAAAUCUGAUUUGUUAGCGUCAUGGAAUGGCUUCAAAAUCGAGCAACGCCAACAUUUCCCUGAAUUGGUGCCCACCUCUGUGGGCACCGCUUACGCAGGCGUUGCCAGCGGAAGAGUCAUCAGCGCCAAAAAGGCUACGUCGCGCUCCUCCCGACAGACUUCUCGACAGGUCUGGGACCGUGUAGCGCAGGCAGCUAGUUCUUCAGCUCCCCGCAUGAACUCACCCCUUCCGUCCAGAGCAGUGGCUGAACGAUUUCCGGCGUUACCUCGUCCAUCUACGGCUUCUGUAGCUCCGCAGCCCCAACCGCAGAGAGCGUCUACCUCUGCGUCGGGGGCGACCUACCACUCCCUACCCGUAUCGCCAUCUACAACACCGGGGGCAUCUGCCGGACGUCGGAAACCACCUCCAUCAUAUUCACUCGGCGCGUUUCCAGAGCUUCCGUCAUCCACAAAUACACGCCCCAGACCUCCGUUGGCCGGGAAUCCUUCGCUGAGGAAUAUUAUUGGCGACCCGUUGCCAUCCGGUUCAGCGUGGGGAGCAGCCGCGCCCGAUUCGACACCAAAUAAUAAUGGUAACAGCGUCACAGAGAUUACCCCAAGGUCAACGUUUGGACUUGGCAAAGAAGGCGAAGGGGGAAAGGGCAAGAAGGGGAAAGGGAAACAGCGGCAAACGCUUUUCACUUUUGGUUCAUUCCCGACUUGACACAGCCUAGACGCCGAGGGAUGAAGUGUAAAAUUGAUAUACAAUCGUAUCAUAGGCAGCCCCUACCUAGUCUUAGCAUGCUCAAUCUGAUGUCGACCUACCUCAGAGAGAGCACUCGGGGGCAAGUAAGAGUACACUCUCCUGAUACUCCCACU